AUGAAGGUGGAAGCGGCGGCGGUGGCUGAUGCCUGCUCUGACGACCUCAGCUGUGGGGAGGCCGACAUCGACCCAAGCCUGCUGGAGCUGGUUGAUGAGGAGAAAUGCCGGAGUAUCCGCAAGCAGUACCGGCAGCUCAUCUAUAACGUCCAGCAGAACCGUGAUGACAUAGUGAACACGGCGAGCGAGUCCUUAACCGAGGCUCUCGAAGAAGCCAAUGUCCUGUUUGAUGCAGUGAGUCGAACGAGAGAAGCGGCCCUCGACGCUCAGUUUCUUGUUUUGGCUUCUGAUUUGGGUAAAGAAAAAGCAAAGCAGCUAAACUCUGACAUGAGCCUUUUUAAUCAGGUGGCAUUUUGUGAUUUUCUGCUUAUAUUUGUGGGUCUAAACUGGAUGGAAGAUGAUGGACGUGAUGCGCUGAGUGACUGUGAUGAUAAUAUAGUUCGCUCUUUUUGGGAGACAGUACAAAAGGAAGCAACGUCGUGGAUGCUGCAAGCUGAAACAUUCCACUUUAUAUUCGGUUCAUUCAAAUCAGAGCCUUCCGCGCGGAAGCCCCGACUUGAGCACCGGAAAAGAGUUUACAGAAUGGAAGAAAACGGGGAUAUGCCUACAAAGCUGAGGAAGCUGGACCUGUGUAGUAAUCAAGAAGCGACAGAAAAAGAAGUAGAAAGAAUCUUGGGAUUGUUGCAAACGUACUUUCAAAAGUAUCCUGAUACUCCCGUGUCCUAUUUUGAGUUUGUGAUUGACCCAAACUCUUUCUCUCGUACUGUGGAGAAUAUAUUUUAUGUUUCUUUCAUUGUAAGGGAUGGUUUUGCAAGAAUAAGGCUUGACCAAGACAGGCUGCCAAUAUUGGAGCCCAUUAAUAUUAACCAUGUGGGUGAGGGGAAUGAUUCCAGUUCCCAUUGCAGGAAACAAGGAGUUAUAUCUUUGAGUUUACAGGACUGGAAAAAUAUUGUGGCAACUUUUGAAAUUUCAGAGGCCAUGAUCACAAACUCGUACUAA